AUGGCAAGAGGUCACGAUCUGGCAGAGGAAGACUCAGUGAGGUCACCAAGACAGUCGCGUCUGCAAAGGAAAAACUUGGCUGGUUUGGAUUUGGACCCAGAUGGAGAGGAUGACGAGUACAAUGAGGAAGAAGAGUUUGAUGAGUCCAUUGUCAAAGAUGACGAUGACGACGAUGAAGAUGCAAUCGAAGAAGACGACGACGAGAUCCCAACCGUAAGAAAGAGAAGAAAGAGAAAGGCGGCUACCGAUGACCCUGAAGAUGAGGUUGAUGAAAACGGUGACGAGGACCUCGAAAAGAACCAAGUCAAGGAAGAAGGCGACGAGGAGAAGGAAGUCAAGGCCGAAGACCCUGUAAAGAAAAAGGGUAAGAAAAGAGGUAGAAAACCUAAGAUCCCCAGACCUGACGAUGUGUUUUACGAUGAUAAGGGUAACGAGAUCACCAUUAAGAAUGACGAGGUGUUUAUGGAAGAUGAAGAUCCCAAAGGUGUGGCUAAGAUUGAUGAAAAUGGAUUUUUGCAAGGUGAGAGAAAGUUCCGCAUCAAAACAUUCACGUUAUUGGGCAAGGGUGACAGACAGUACAUGGUGUCCACUGAGCCUGCCCGUUUGGUAGGAUUCCGAGACUCGUAUUUGUUGUUUAAGACCCACUUGACAUUAUUCAAGAAGGUAUGCACGCAUGAAGAGAAGAUGGAUUUGAUCAACAGACACUUGAUUCCGACGUCAUAUAAGGGAAGAUCUGUCAACUUGGUCACUGCCAGAUCCAUUUUUCGUGAAUUCGGAGCACGAAUGAUCGUGGGAGGUAAAAAAGUGGUGGAUGACUUUUGGGAAGACAAGGCUAUCGAGAGAGGAGAUGUUUCUGGUGAGUUUGCUGAUCCUGAAGAGGCUGCCACCACUUUGAGAGCGCCCAGUUAUGGUGCUGGAGGUGACCACAACCCAUAUCAAGCACAGGUUACGGGGUCUGCAUUGAUCAACUACCAGACAGAUCCUACGUGGUUGUACCAGAUCUCUUUGCAGACUUUGGAGUUCAAUAAGUCCUUGAUCGAACAGAGAAACCAGGUGUGGUUGAGAGGUAUCAAAGACACUUAUAGUGGAUUCAAUUUCUACCCUGUUGCAAGUCAGCCAACACGCUCCAAGCUCCGGAAGAUUGGUACGGUUGCUGAGGAUGACUCGACCAUUGAUUGCUCCAUUAAGUUUUAUAAUUCAGAUGUGCGUCGCAAGGUCACCGGCCUUGCCAGUGUGCCUAAGGAUAUUUUUGAUGAACUCGACGAUGACGAAAUCAAGCAGGCAAUUCUUCAGCAGCAAAAGUAUGAGAAGGAAACUUCAAACCUCUGA